AUGGGAUUGCAGUCGCCGUGUGAUGCGCCGAUACGGGCCCGACUACUUAGCAAGCUGGACACCGAGACAGAUACCUACAAGCUGCAGGACUUGACCGUCGACUAUAACGCGUAUCAAUCUGUGCAGAAGGAUGCUGCCCUCAUUGGAUUUGCUUCGGCGCCCGUACAAGCUGAAGUCGUCGCUCCUAUACGGAAGAAGAAGCAACGUCGACCACCUCCGCAACGUACCAGACGCUCAUCUGAAAGCAAGGAUCCGCCUGGACGUUCCCGCCGUGACGACGUGUGCUACAAUUGUGGAAACAAGGGACACUGGGCCAACAACUGCCCGUCAAGGAACCGACCAGUCCGCCGUUCCAUGAAAAAAGUUGUGAAGCUGAACGUGCUGAACUCCCACCGUCGAUACGUUAAUGUCAAGCUGAAGGGCUUGGACGUGAAGAUGCAACUCGACACCGGCGCCGACGUACCGACAAUCAGUCACAAGACGUGGAUAGGGUUAGGAUCGCCAACCCUGAAGGCCCCGCCUGCUGAAUUGCGAGCUGCAAAUGGAUCGCUAGUAGAAGUGCUUGGAGUUCAUGAGAUGCCUUUUACAUGCAAUGGUUUCGAUGGUCAAGGGUUAUUCUAUGUCACAAAGGACUUAUGCUUGCUAAGAAUGGAUGUGCUUCAACAGCUUCGUCCCUUUCAAGAUGCUUUCUCUGCCGUUUGCUGUGUCGUGAUGCCACUUCACCACUGGACGAACGCUUUGCGGCGGUAG